GUAGAAAUUUAGUUAAUUAUUGUAUUUAUAGAAUAACAAGUCCAAAAUUCGGUUGGUUUAUAUAUUUUUCGCAUUUCCUUUCGGAGUUUCCUUUACUAUUUGACAUGGAAAAAUUCGAAAAGGCCAGAAAGCUGCAGGAACUGGCCGGAGUUCCCUCGCCGGCUCUCACCCGCUGCUGCUGCAACUGCAAACGAAAACUGGAUCCCUACCAGCUGUUCGACGACAAUGUGGAGGACAUAGCCAAGAGCCUGGCCCAGAUAAUGGUGAUCUGCGGCAUUGGUACCUGCAAGUCCCGCAUGGCCAGGGGGAUUAUCAAGCGCGCCUUUGUCUAUCACGAGCGCCUGCGCACCAACUGCCCCCCAAAGCCGGCACCGGGAACACACCUGAAUCGCGAGGAUCUGCUCCAGGCGCUGCGACUGAAGUGCGAAAUGGAGCCUGUCGAGGCAAUGCUCUCGUACUCGAUCAUCAAGCGCGCCUUCAAGGCCUUUUACCAUGGAAAACCACCGGUGACAAUAAGCAAUCCCAUUGUGGAUGCCAUGGCAGUGCACACCCAGAAGCAGGCGUGGAUGCACGCCGCCUACAAGACCGCCCGCAUCUUCGACAACUACAAGGCGGCUUUCUUCUGGGCCCACCAGCACUACGAGCGUCAGAUUAACCUGGUAUACACGGCCCUGUACCAGCGGAUGACGGCCAGAUCGGAUCCGCUUCUGGUGCCCGGCUGCCCGUGCAAGGGCUGCUCCAAGCAGGAGGUUCCCGGUCAUCCCAAGGCGGGCCAAAGGCCGAUGCAGAAGAUCACCCUGUCGGAGGGUACGGAUAUGCCGGAACCCUGCAUUAUGUGCGGCUUGCAGAUGCCCCGGAUGAACGCCGAGGAUGUCAAGAUGAAGAGGAAGCUGCCGCGACCCAUCAUCAACCACGAAAUGAACCUGCCGCGGUGCCACCAGUGCAACUCGCCGUUCCUGAUCUGCGAGUGCAACAUUGACCAGCUGACCGGCGAGCAGUUUGGGGAGUGUGGCCAGGAUUCGUACAAGGUGAAGUGGUAUCGCGUCGAGGAGCCACCGGUCCGUGCCAAGGACAGCAGCUAUGAGGAGACCUUGGAACCGUCGGAGGACUGGGACAACCACCACUGCCCCAUCGACUGCAAGCACGACUCCUGCAGCGAGGCCACAAACGUUUGCCAAGGCACCUCCCCCUCCACCUCUGAAGGGGAGAGCGGGUCGGCCUUUGCCAGCUGUUCACAGGGCGAAGAGGACAUUGUGGCCAAGCUGGAGGACUAUCUCAAUAAGCUGUGGAACGAGGAGGUGGCCCAGAAGAGGGAUCCCUCGUAUGUGCCAAAGACCAUCGAACCGCCGGGACCCAGUUGUCAAAAGUGCAAGGACUGAUCCCUGUAAAGGUCUCGGUUCGCUUUCUGCGUUUUAAAUUUUUGUCACAUCAAAAAAAAAAAAAAUAAAUGGUUUAGAAUCCUCAGAGGUUCC